AUGCCACAUCGUUCUGGUUUCCAUACGUUACUAUUAUUCUUCACACUUAUUUCUAGUGCGAAUCUCUUACGAAAUGAUGCAUCAAUAAAUACAGUAGAAGAUUUUCUUGACACAUUGAUAAAUUCAAGUCAUUAUGAUAGACGUAUUCGGCCAUUUUUCGAUCAAAGUAAGCCGUGUAAUGUGACGAUGACUAUUCAUAUUAACACAAUCUCAGCUAUCAACGAAGUUAAUAUGGAUUAUAAUACAGAUUUAAUUUUUCGUCAAUCAUGGUAUGAUCCAAGAUUGAAUUACUCUGGUACGGAAUGGGCAAAACGAUCACCAGAAAUUACUUUACAUUACUCUCUUAUUGAUCGAAUUUGGGUACCUGAUUCUUUCUUUCGUAAUGCCAAAGAAGGUAAACGUAGUGAUAUAACAGUACCAAAUCGAUUGAUUCGUGUCCAUCGUGAUGGAAAAGUAUUAUACAGUCAAAGGCUUCUACUCAAACUAGAUUGUCAAAUGAAAUUACAAAAAUUUCCACUUGACAAUCAAACAUGUGUAGUUAAUAUAGGCAGCUAUGCUUUUGCAACCAAGGAUUUAGUAUUUUAUUGGGAUGAAACUCCAAAUGUAAGUGCUAUCCGAGUUAAUGAAGAUCUUGAAAUGCCCGACUUCGUACUAAGCAAUUUUGAAUCAAGAUAUUGCAAUCGAACAACAGCAACAGGCAGUUUUACAUGCCUUCUUGUUGUUCUUCAUUUAAAACGUCUAUUUGGUUAUUAUCUUGUUCAAGUUUACAUUCCAUCGAUGCUUAUUGUUAUUCUUUCGUUUGUUUCAUUCUGGAUCGACCAUAAGUCGGUUCCAGCUAGAAUUUCAGUCGGUCUUUUAACUGUUCUUACAGUUACUACUCAAAGCUCAGGUAUUCGGUCGCAAUUACCACGUGUAUCAUAUAUAAAAGCCAUUGAUGUUUGGAUGUCAGCAUGUCUUGUUUUUGUUUUUGCUGGUUUACUUGAAUAUGCACUUGUUAAUGUUAUUGCUCGUAAAAAUGAAUUAAGACAGCAAGUUCGAUUUUCUCGUGAGGUCAUUGGUAAUCGUCUUGCUCAAGUGCAUUUCUAUAAAAAAGAUGAUACACACCACCAGACACCUGCUGAAACAACAGAGACACUUAUGCAUAAAAUGAGUGUGGUCGAGAAAAACUUAACUGGUGCAAAUACCGCUAGUUCACUUGUUCAUAAUCCAUCAUUGUCCAAUACUAGCGCACCUGCACCGAUACCACAGGUAAUCUUGCCACCACCAGCACCAGUACAAAAAACUGCUAAACCUGUUCGUGACACUGCGCAAUUAGUUGAUCUUAUCUCAGCUGUUCUUUUUCCUGUGGCCUUCAUUGUAUUUAAUAUUAUCUACUGGAUGGUUUAUCUUAAUAUGCAUGUUGAAUAUAUUUUGAAAUAA